CGCUGCGCAAGGAUCAGGCCGGCGAACGCAGUGGGAGAAGGUUGACGAUGCGGACCGAGUUGCGCGGACAAUCGAAGACAUGGAAAGGGAAGCGAAAUGGUUGAGUACACUUUUCUAGAAUUUCCAGUGUAAAAGUAGAGCUGUCGUACAAUUACAGCACACCUCAUGUACGUGCAGCUUGCCGCGCCGAGAUCGACGGAGUGCUCAGAUCAGGCCUGUAACGAAGAUACGAAAAAGAACCCGAGCAAUUAUAAUAAUGGGCAAACGGGAUCCUAGACUCUACGUCCUCAGACACGGACAGACCGCAUGGAGUGAAAUUGGAAAGCAUACUUCCUUUACCGACUUGUCCUUGACGGAGAAGGGUGCGGAACUCGUCAAGAAGUCGGCUGCGGCUAUGGUUGGCGAGAACAAGCUCAUCGACCCCUCGCGGAUUGGCAAGGUCUUUGUGUCUCCUCGCGCUCGCGCACAAGAGACUCUUGCCUUGCUCGGCCUCCCCGAGUCCGUCCCCGUCGAGACCACGGAACUUCUCAAGGAAUACGACUACGGAGAGUACGAGGGUCUUUUGACCAAGGAGAUUCAGGAAAAGUCUGGCAAAGCCGAUUGGGAAAUUUGGCUCGAUGGAUGCCCCGGUGGAGAGAUGCCCGAGCAGGUUGAGGCCCGUAUCGACGUCUUGAUUCAGAAGGCGAGGAAGGAGCUUCAUGAGAAGGUUUACGAUGGCACUGCGACCGAGGAGGAGCAGCAGAGGUGUGAUGUGCUGUUUGUUGCGCAUGGACACAUUUUGAGAGGUACAGCGGCGAGAUGGCUUAACUUGCCGUUGAACCGUGGACGUGAUUUUCAGUUGGAUGCUGGAGGUGUCGGUGUGUUGAGCUACGAGCACCAUACGAUCAAUGAGCCUGCCGUGAACAGGUGGAACUUGAUCGCUUUUUGAAUUAGCCAAUGAGGAAGCAAGGAGCAUUGCUGAUCUUCCGGGCCGCAUCGAUGUUUGAGGCCGCGGAGUGCGGAGGAGAGAUAGAUCGACGAGUCGCUCUUGCUAUGGGCAGGUCUACGAAGCAGCUAGGAAAAACGAAGCAAGAUAGCCGAC